UUCUCCUGAGAACUGAGGAAGUGAGGAUUGGGAUAGCCUUCCUUUUUUAUACAUGCAAAAUGCAUACCGUGGCGAGCAGAUGCUCCCGCUGUGGCGGCGGCUGCGGCCACAGCUCGAUAGCUUGCCGCGUCGCCGCCGCCGCAGGCCAGAGAGGAGGUGAGGCCGCCACCAUGCGCUGCAGCGGAGGCGCCGCCGCCGCUGGGCCGAGGCUCUUCGGGGUUCAGCUCGGUGCUGCGGCAGGUGGUGGCUCCGCUUCGCCGGCGUUGCAGCUGCACAAGAGCUACAGCGUGGACUGCCUGAACCUGCAGGGUUCUGCUCCCGCCUAUGCUGCUCUCGUCGCGGCUCCUCUGCUUCUGUCGCCGUCGCCGUCAUCGGCGGCUUUGCUCCUGUCGAUCGACGAGUGCUCGACGGAGAGAGCCACCGACGGCGGCGGCUACCUCUCCGACGACGGCGCUCGCGGCGGCACGGCGUUGCGGGAGAGGAAGAAGGGCGUUCCGUGGAGCGAGGAGGAGCACAGGCUGUUCUUGGAGGGGCUGGAGAAGCUCGGCAGGGGCGAUUGGCGAGGCAUCUCCCGGGGCUUCGUCACCACGCGAACGCCCACGCAGGUCGCCAGCCACGCGCAGAAGUUCUUCCUCAGGCAGAACAGCGCGGGGAAGAAGAGCAACGCAAAGCGCCGGUCCAGCCUCUUCGACAUGGUUCAGAAUUAUGAGGGUGGACUCGUCUCCGAUCCUUCGGACGGCAAGGCCGCCGCCGGAACCUCGGAAUCUCUGUCUCCGAAGGCAUCCUGCGAUGUGUACCGGAAGGAGUCGACGGCCAUCCAUGAGAGGAUGACAAGGCAUUCGUCAGAGAGCGCAUCAGUUUCAGAGAAAGUUACAGUGGCGACGGAGCAAGCUCACGGGUACCACUGCUCUCCGCUAAACCUGGAGCUCGGCAUGGCCCUGUCGACGCCAUCCAUCGGAACCUAGCAAUCUCGUCAGGGUGAAACGGCAAGUGCGGCGAAAAGCUGAAGCUAGUAGCUGCCCCCCACAGCCAUGAAGAUGGUUGUAAACGAAGCUUGUUUCCCAGCCGCCUUAUCCAGAUAAUUACAGGAAUCAGAGUAUCGUUUCCCUGAAAACAGCAGCAGUAAACCUGCUACUUUCCCAAGAAAAUGAUGUUCACUAGAGUACUGCACGUCUGCACUUGUGCUGCUGCAAUGAAGCAGAAAACUACUCUUCACCUGAACUUUUUGCUUGCGGUAUGACCCGAAAGUAGAGUGAACAAAUGGCAAUUGGCACUUGAUUGGGAAAGCCGAACUGACGUGUUCACCGCAUCGACAAAGUGGUUGCAGUGUCAAUGACAAUUGGCGAGCAAUUGGUAUACACGAGCAUACAAUUAUUAUUCUAAUCUAGCGCGUCAGUGCGCGCCUGCAUGCGCACUCCUUAGUCUGGCUAGCAUUCGGUGCUAGGUUCACGUCCGCUGUCCACAGUCCGGAUUCAGCCAGCUACUCAUGGCAACCAGAGUGCCUUUCCUUUUGUCUGCUACAUAUAUGUGGUGCCAUCUCCUUUUCAGAGAAGGGAUAUCAAGACCUGUAUGUAGAUACAUAUGCCUUUUUGUCAGUGCAAAUAAAGAAGAUGGAAAGAUGCAUGCCUUGAUGCCUA